UGUGUUACUAUCAUACUAUAUAUGCAGACGUUUACAGUCAUGAAUGACACUCUUAGCCAUAAAACAGUUUUUGUAAAAGGUAUUCCUGCUUCGUGUUCAAAUGACCAAUUAAAAGAGACUUUCAGUGUACAUGGCCCAAUUAAAGAAGCAUUUGUUGUUAAGACAAAAUCUGAGCAUGAAAGCAAAAAAUGUAUUGGUUUCGUUACUUACCAAACCAAUGAUGACGCAAAAUCAGCAGUUAACGCUUCACCGAGUACACUGGAAGUGGACGGUCACAAACUAAACGUGAUUUUUGCAAAGAAAAAGAAAUUUUCCAAAGGGAAUAAGAACAAACGUAAAGCAGCAGUGAGUAAUGAAGAGGCUGGGUUUGAUAUCGUGCCGUUGGAAUGUGACAAUUCUGAUAAAACUGUCGAAAAAGUUGAAGAAGUAGCAACCAGUAAUAAAUUUAUUGUUGCUAUUGAAGGACUAAAGUCUAUUAAUGAUAUAAGUUCUUUAUGGAAGAAAAAAUCCUUGGGUGAAAUUAACUCAGCUGAUGUCAAAAAAGAAAAUGAAACAGUUCUCGUCUCAUUUCCAAACAAGCAAAAAGCUUUAAAAGCGACAGCUAGGAUAAAUAACACCUAUUUUAAUGAUGUCGUAAUUCAUGCUGCCUUGCAAGUUGAUACAGAUUCAAAGGAGUUUCGAAAAUCAUCUAAAAAAUCUCGGUUAAUCAUCAGGAACCUAAGUUUCUUCUGUACGGAAGAUGAGUUGAAAUCUGAGUUUAAAAGGUUUGGAAAAAUCACUGAAGUAAAAAUCCCAGUAAAACCAGAUGGGAAAAAACGUGGGUUUGCAUUUGUGCAAUUCUCACAUGUAUUGGAAGCGGGUAAAGCAAUAAAAGAAGUGAAUAUGAGUGAAAUUAAGGGCAGAAAAGUAGCAGUAGAUUGGGCUUUGCCGAGGGAAAAAUACCAAGAAAUAACGAAGUCAGAUACAAAAGAUGAAGAAGUACCAAAGCAAGAAGAAACUACAGAUUUAUCUGAAAAAGCAUCAAUUGAAGAUGAUUCUCAAAAAGAAGAGGAAGAAGAAGAGAAGGAGCAAGAGGAGGAGAGUGAGAUGGAGGAAGAUGAAAGUGAGGUGGAGGAUGAGGAGGAAGAUGAAGGAUCAUCUGAAGAUGAAUCAAUGGACGAAGAGAAACAAGAAGAGGGAGCAGUAAAAGACAAAGAAGCUGAUAAAAAAUCUAAGCCACAAAAACGAACAGAAUCCUCUGAUGUCCAUGAAGGAAAAACUGUUUUUAUCCGAAACUUGUCGUAUGAAUCUGAAGAGGCAGAACUGAAAAUUGUGAUGGAGAAGUUUGGGGAUAUAAAUUACUGUAAAAUCGUUAUAAAUAAAGCAACAGGCCUUCCAAAGGGUUCAGCUUUUGUUCAAUUCGCAACAAAAGAAGAAGCUGAAAAAUGUAUCGAGGCACCACAGAUUUCUCUAGAUGGGAGAGAUCUAUUCGUCACCCUAGCAACAACCCGUGCAGAGUCAACCAAGCUUGUAAAAGUAAAAAAAGAGGAGGGAAGAGAAAAGGAAGAUAAAAGGAAUUUGUAUCUUGCAAAUGAAGGCUUAAUAAGACCAGGAACCCAAGCAGCAGAAGGUCUCAGUGAGAUAGAGCUGAACAAAAGACAACGCAUUGAAAAUGCCAAGAGGCUCAAACUAAAAAAUUCCAAUAUAUUUGUCUCUACAACUCGACUGUGCGUUCAUAACCUACCAAGGGCAGUUGAUGACGCAAAGUUAAAGGAAUUGGUAAAUAAGGUAUUCGAAAAUGAAAACAGAAAACCAAAGAUUAUUGAGUGCAGAGUGAUGAGGGAUCGGGAAAAAAAGACCAGCAAUGGCGUUGGGCGUUCAUUGGGUUUUGCAUUCGUUGCAUUAACAAAACAUGAAGACUCAUUGAAAGCACUUCGUUCACUUAACAAUAACCCAGAAAUUUUCGGGGCAUUAAAGAGACCAAUUGUUGAGUUUUCACUCGAAAAUCGUCUCGCAAUUGAGGCUCAAAUGCAGAAAAGAAAGCGGCAAUUGACAAGAAAUGAGCUAAAAGGAGCUGUUGAGAACACAGCACCUAAAAAGAAGAGAAAAUGGGAUGUUCCAAAACCCAAAGUAGAGAAGAGUAAAGUCACACCUUCUCCAAUUCUGAGUAAAGUAGACCGAAAACCGUUUCAGGGAAGUACAGGGACCACAUUAAGCGGGAAAAAGCUGAAAAUGCCAAAGCAUUCUGGCCUAAAAAUUCGAAAACGGAACAAGGGCAAUGUUCUGGCACAGAUUAAAGAGAGCAAGAAAUUGAAUCGGCCACCAUCUGUAAGAAAUGCCCAAGCAAAUAAGAAGCAAGCACGUGCUGCAAGACCUGAACCACAACAACCGAAAGAAAAAAGGCAAAGAAGAAGUGGCAAGAGUAAAGACGUCCAAAUGGAAAAUGAUUUCAACAAAUUAGUUGCUAAGUACACUUCAAAAUUCAGUUCAAAAUUGAAGGGCAAAUGGCAUGAAAGUUAAAUGUUAAAAAUGACGAAUUAAUACAUUAUGGAAAGGUUGUAAUUUUUUAAAGAUGGCAACUAUGACA